CGUGGACAUUUCGAUAUAUUUUCACAACCAUAGUUUUACAGCCAAACAACAAAAAACCAAAAAAAAUCUCGUCUUUUCACCUGUAAAGACAUUUCGACAGGAUUUGUGGCCGGCAUAUAUAUAUAUAUAUAUAUAUAUGCUUAAGGUGUCAUCAGAGCUUGAAGAGUUUAUCCGGAAUCCUUCGCCCCGUGCGGUAACUGUGGACUACCAUAAACACUGCGAAAGCCAGCGGCAAAAUGUCCACCGAACUAAUUGAAUCCGUUCCACUGGUUAAAAUAAGUCCCCAGGGUAUAUUUAAAUAUAUUCUUAUCAAUAUCACUGACGGCGGCGAGUUGACAAAGACCGUAGUUCGUGGUUUCGACGAUUGCGAGUGGCAUGCUGACAUUUUUGAACGGGAGGAGGUAAUCUUUUCGGCUCAAAAGCUCGAAGCCGAAUGCAUUGGAGGCGGACGCAUCGAGCACGAUCCGGAGAAAAAGUAUAUGAAGGUGUACGGUUACUCUCAGGGAUUUGGAAAAGCGGACCACAGUCAAAGCAAACAAAUCUUGAAAACGAAAUACCCAGACUACAGGAUCGAAAUCUCUGAUGAUGGCUACUAACCCCGAAUUAAUUAAAAAUAGAGUCUGAUAUGUUUCUAGACUCAGUGUGCCAAGACAUUUGUGAGGUGGUAAUAAAGAUAUAGAUUUCAUAAACAGUCA